AUGGCUACAGAGAAGAUAGGAGUGCUUACAGCACUCGAUUCUGCAAAAGUCCAAUUGUAUCAUUUCACAGCAAUUGUAAUAACUGGAAUGGGAUUCUUCACAGAUGCAUAUGAUAUCUUUUGCAUUUCCAUUGUUACAAAGUUACUUGGCCGUAUAUAUUACACACCGGCGAAUCACAGUGCGCCAGGCACAUUGCCUCCCAGUGUGAAUUCCGCUGUUACUGCAGCUACACUUUGUGGUACUUUUGCUGGCCAACUCUUCUUCGGUUGGCUUGGUGACAAAUUGGGACGCAAAAGAGUUUACGGUGUGACACUCAUGCUCAUGGUAUUUUGCUCCAUUGCAUCGGGACUCUCAUUUGGAAAAGAACCAGCUGGUGUCAUUAUCACACUCUGUUUCUUUAGGUUCUGGCUUGGCUUUGGCAUUGGUGGAGACUAUCCUCUUUCGGCUACAAUUAUGUCUGAAUAUGCUAACAAAAGGACUCGUGGGGGAUUUAUCGCUGCAGUUUUUGCCAUGCAAGGCAUUGGAAUUUUAUUUGGUGGGAUUGUUGGAUUAACUGUCGCAGGUGCCUUCAAUGACAAAUACAAAACUGUAAAGUUCAGUACAAAUCCAAUAAAAUCUCUGCCACCCCAAGCUGAUUAUGUUUGGCGCAUAAUUUUGAUGGUUGGAGCCAUUCCGGCCGCUCUUACAUACUACUGGCGUAUGAAAAUGCCCGAGACAGCUCGUUAUACUGCCUUGGUUGCCAGGAAUGCAAAACAAGCCGCGGCAGACAUGUCUAUGGUAUUACAUGUAGAGGUCCAACCCGAAAUGGAGGUACGGACAACUCAGGAUUCCUAUGGCUUAUUCUCAAUGGAAUUUGCAAAACGCCAUGGGUUUCACUUGCUUGGAACAGCUGUUUGUUGGUUCUUGGUGGACGUCGGUUACUAUAGUCAGAACCUUUUCCAGAAGAAUAUCUUCUCGGCAGUUCAUUGGCUUCCUGAAGCAAAAGAAAUGAGCGCUAUUGAAGAGGUUUACAAGAUUGCAAGGGCACAAACACUAAUAGCAAUGUGCGGUACUGUGCCGGGGUAUUGGUUUACGGUGGCCUUCAUUGAUCAUAUAGGACGGUUUGCAAUCCAGUUAAUGGGUUUCUUCUUCAUGUCUGUCUUCAUGUUUGGAAUUGCUAUUCCUUAUAAACACUGGACAUUGUCAAAAAAUCGUAUAGGGUUCGUGGUGCUAUAUGCAUUCACCUUUUUCUUUGCCAACUUUGGACCAAAUACCACAACAUUUAUUGUGCCAGCAGAAAUCUUCCCUGCAAGGCUAAGGUCUACUUGUCAUGGAAUAUCAGCUGCAACUGGGAAGAUUGGAGCAAUUGCUGGUUCAUUGGGGUUCUCAUAUGCUUCUGAAGACCGAAAUUCCACAAAGGAUGAUAAAGGAUACCCACGCGGUAUUGGAAUUAGAAAGACACUUCUUAUCCUCGCAGGGGUCAAUUUAGCGGGGGUAUUGUUUACCUUAUUGGUGCCUGAAUCCAAAGGGAAAUCACUUGAGGAGUUAACAGGGGAGAACGAAGAAGAAAUGGGAGAGACCAUUACUGCGUAG